CAUUUGUUUGACCUAAAUACCCCUUUUUAUGCAUAGCCUCGGAUCUUGAUUUUCCCUUCUCAACCCUCACAAUUUCAUUACCCUUUCUCCAAUCUUCUCCUUCUUACCCUUCUUCUGCACUAUUUCCGAUUUUCUCCCACUUCCCCGCCAUUUUUUUUCCAUCAACCUCUUUUCAAACUCAAAACCCCCUUUUCCCUUCUCUGAUCCGCUUCUAGUAACUUCUCACCACUAUGCUUUUUCCCAUCAUGGUUCGUUACCCUUUUGUGAUAUGGUGAAGCCCCUCUGGAUCUUGCAAUAAUGUCACAGCCAUAAAACAGUUAUUUGUAUUGUAAACUGUGGUUCUUGUUGUUGUCGGAGUAGUGAUUUAUAUCUUCAAUGGCUAACCAUGAUAUGAUGCUUGAUCAAAGUCAUAAUUUGGUACAUGGCCAUGGCCAGCAAUCGGUGCUUGACCGUCAUCAAAAUUUUGGACUUGGCGAGAACCGUGCAUUGGAAAUGAGAUCAGACCUUGAGCAUCAUUUGGACUUGGGACAAACCCAUCAUGAUGAACUGGGCUUGGAACACGCCGAUGAACAUCAAUUCGGGUUGGAACAAAACCAUGACUAGGAAGGUGGUGAUGGUCAAACUUAUGAGCAUGAGCAUGACCAUAAAGUGGCCAUGGAUCAAAAACCUGAGCAUGAUGGAAACGAUGAGUUGUCCUUUCCUGAACAAAACCAUGAGUUGGUCCUAUCGGAGAACAAUGAUUUGACUGUUUCAGAAAGCCAAGGAUUUAAUGAGAGCAUGGACCUGGCUGUGGUUCAGAAUCCCGAAAUGAGCAUCGAGUCUGCCAAUGACAUGGUUGUUUAUCAGUCACAGUAUAUGCUUUCUUCUACACCUCAUGUAGUUCAGGCUCGUACAGUUGAUGUGAUUCCAACUUAUGAAUUGUCGGUAGGCCAAGAAUUUCCUAAUGUCAAGAGUUGCCGAAGAGCAUUGAGGGAUACAGCAAUUGUUCUGCACUUUGAGAUGCAGACUAUAAAAUCCGACAAGACACGCUUUACUGCCAAAUGUGCCAGUGAGGGUUGUCCCCGGCGCAUUCAUGCAGCAAAGCUCCCAGGGGUUCCAACUUUUACUAUCAGGACAAUUCGUGAGAGUCAUACAUGUGGAGGAAUUUCUCAUCUUGGUCAUCAGCAAGCUUCAGUUCAGUGGGUUGCUAGCUCUGUGGAGCAAAGGUUGAAUGAGAAUCCUAAUUGCAAGCCAAAGGAGAUAUUGGAAGAGAUUCAUAGGGUUCACGGUAUCACCUUAUCGUACAAGCAAGCAUGGAGAGGCAAGGAGCAUAUCAUGGCUGCAAUGCGUGGAUCUUUCGAAGAAGGGUAUCGUUUGCUGCCACAAUACUGUGCACAUGUGAAACGCACAAACCCAGGAAGUAUUGCAUCUGUUUACGGAAAUCCAUCUGAUAAUUGCUUUCAACGCCUAUUCAUUUCUUUUCAAGCAUCUAUUUAUGGACUUUUAAAUGCAUGUCGGCCACUCUUGGGGCUUGAUAGAAUAUAUCUUAAGAGCAAGUAUCUUGGUACGUUACUUCUUGCUACGGGGUUUGAUGGUGAUGGGGCUCUCUUUCCUCUUGCAUUUGGUGUUGUUGACGAGGAGAACGAUGAUAAUUGGAUGUGGUUUCUGUCUAAACUUCAUAACCUGCUCGAGAUUAAUACUGAAAACAUGCCAAGGCUUACUAUUUUGUCUGAUAGACAGCAGGGAAUUGUGGAUGGCGUUGAAGCAAAUUUUCCCACUGCUUUCCAUGGAUUCUGUAUGCGGCACUUAAGUGACAACUUCCGAAAGGAAUUUAAUAAUACCAUGCUGGUCAAUCUUCUAUGGGAAGCCGCCAAUGCUCUUACUAUAAUUGAAUUUGAAGGUAAAGUUAUGGAAAUUGAAGAGAUAUCACAAGAUGCUGCAUAUUGGAUUCGAAGAAUUCCACCUCGUCUGUGGGCUACGGCUUAUUUCGAGGGGCAGAGGUUUGGUCAAACAACGGCCAACAUUGUUGAAGAUUUAAACAGUUGGAUAUUAGAAGCAUCUGGGCUUCCAAUAAUUCAAAUGUUGGAAUGCAUUAGGAGGCAGCUAAUGACUUGGUUAUAUGAGCGCCGAGAAACCAGUAUGCAGUGGGCAUCCGUACUUGUUCCUUCUGCUGAGAGACGUGUAACAGAGGCUAUUGAACAUGCACGCACAUAUCAGGUUCUUCGUGCCAACGACGCUGAGUUUGAAGUUAUAUCUCAUGAGGGAACUAAUAUAAUUGAUAUAAGAAAUCGCUGCUGUCUUUGUCGUGGUUGGCAGCUUUAUGGCUUGCCCUGUGCACAUGCUGUGGCAGCACUUUUGUCUUGUAGACAAAAUUUUCAUAGAUUCACAGAAAGUUGUUUCACUGUUGCAACAUAUCGCAAGACAUACUCAGAAACCAUACAUCCCAUUCCUGACAAAUCUCUCUGGAAGGAGUUGUCUGAGGGGGAUGCCAGUGUUAGCCAAGCUCUUGAAGUUGUUAUUUACCCGCCUAAAUCACUCAGGCCACCUGGGCGACCAAGAAAGAAGAGAGUUUGUGCAGAAGAUCGCGGGCGUGUUAAGCGAGUGGUACAUUGUAGUCGCUGCAAUCAAACAGGUCACUUUAGAACAACAUGUGCUGCCCCCAUCUAAUAAUUCGGACUAUCCUCUUGUGUCAUGUUCUCUUUCUUCCAAAGGCUUUCUGUCCUAUUUUUUUUUUUUUUAGGCUUCACAGGCUCAUACCUUACGGUUGCUAGUAAAUGACGACCUUUACAUUUACAUACAAUAAUGUGAGUUGAUUUUUAACGAAUAUUCUCCAUGUAUAUAAUAAUAAUUGGGGCCUUGUGCAAAAAAAAAACGGCCUCGUGCAAUAAAUCGUUUGUAUUAAUGGCAUGCCUUUUGUUUCUUACUGUGUUUCUGUAAGUAUGUUCGUACCUCAGAAUGUUAGGGGGAACCCAUUUAUAACAA